UACUGUACUCGUCAUUCUAUGGUUAAGGUAGGAACAUUAGGAACUGUUACAACAUUUAGUUCUAAUAUUUCACUCAAAUAAAAGUUCCCUGAUGCUAGAUGCAUAUAUUACCAUAUAUAAACUAACCUAUUUAUACCUACGGAUAAAAUCCUACCUACUGUACCUAAGUACGUUCAUUCUUCCUCAAGCACCGAUUAAACGGAAUAGACCACGCCCCGAUUCAACUGCAAUAAAGCUUUACUAAUGAGCCAGGAUCACAAAACAAGCAAAUACUUUUAGUAGUUGUUGACCAAAAACCGAUUUAAUUGAAUUACAAGCAAAAAGCUGUGGCUUUAGUCUAGUUUCAGCGCUCCUUACUAUUCGACGUCGGGCGAUUUUUUAAUACUUUUCACGCGCGUUCGAAUUCCAGUUAUUCAUUAAGUACCUAAAUCCACCUAAAUAUAGUACCAGUACUAGGAGUAAUAUGUAUUUAUGUGUGCAUCAUACAGACUGAUAGACAUGUAUAUGAAAUAUAAAUAUAAUUGAUGACAUUAUUUCCCGGUCAGUGUAACAUGCGCGAUCGCGGUAUUGUGGUGCGUUAUAGGGUCACGUAGUUUAUCUAUCUACACACUGACACAUGUUCGCUGUUUUCGUUAAACCUACUCCAGUGCGCGCAAAACUUCAGUGAAACAACAUUACACCAUGGAGUUCUACACCAGUGUCAGAAGAACUAAAUACAAGUGGACUCUCUUAUGGUGCACCAUACUUUAUCAAGUGCUCAUUAUAAACGUGGUAAACUCGACGAUUCUGCUGGAAAAACAACAUUACGUCCGCUACGGGGAAGCUCUCAACAUUACGUGUUCCACAAAUAACCCGCUAUCAAGUGCUGAAAAUUUAACUUUUUCGGUCAACAACAUCACGAAACCGUCGGUGGUCGUGAACCGGACGACGAUCCAGCUGUAUGAAGACAAGCCUCGCAAGCAGAACACGAAGUACUACUGCACGGACGCGGCCGACAACCAGAAGGGAGUGUGCGAGGUGCUGGUGGACGCGGCGCCGCGUGCGCGGGCGUUCCACUGCGAGUCGCGCGACCGCCGCGACCUGGCCUGCCGCUGGAGCGCGCCGCCCGGGCCCAGCCGCCUGCGCACCCGCACCCGCCUCACCUUCCUCGGACCCUACGGGGACGAUCUCAAGGAAUGUCAGAUCACCACACUAGAAAACGGACUCCAGUCGUGCCUCUGGAACAGAACAACGAGACCCGCUUACAGGCCCGAUUACAAGAAGUACACAUUCAAGUUGACUUGUUGGAAUGAGUUCGACAGCAGCACGCAGCUGUUCCCGGUGGAGCACUGCGCUGUGGUGCGCCCCGCGCCGCCGCUGCGCCUCGCCGCCGCCCCCCGCGCGCAUGAAGCCACCCUCCAGUGGGGCGUCUCCAAAAACUUACUCAACUUUUGCGACGUCUACCAUAAUAUCGAAUUCCAAUACCGGGUGGGUGACUCUACUGUCAAAGAAACCCUCAAUACAUCGAUGCUGAAGACGCAUAGUAAUACGAACGAGUACUCCUAUGACCUAAAUUUACCGUAUGCCCACAUGAUGUACGAAGUACGCAUUGCCAUUCAAACUACCAAGAAUCGGGAAGCAAAUGAGACGGAGCUUUGGUCGGAUUUCAGCGAGAUUAAGUUCUGGUCGGAGAGUGAGCGCCCGCACCGGCCGCCCGUCGUGCCAGCGGGGGCCUUCUACGUGGCCGCCGCGUACCCCGCGCGCCGCCACCUGCAGGUCUACUGGGGGCAGCUGCAGCCCCAGGAACAGUGUGGGGACCAGUUCCUGUACCGAGUGCAGGCGCCCGGGGCUCGCUCGCCCGCCGACCUGGCCGUGACCCGGCUGCCGCUCGACCUGCCCUACGCUCCAAACACUCCCCUAGACAUACUAGUAGCAUCCGAGAAUAGUGUUGGCUCAUCUAACGAAAGCAGCCGAUUGUACAUCGCAGCGCAAUCGUCAUUACUAGAAGGACCGUAUUCGUUCACCAAAAACUCUUAUCCAAACGGCACACAUGAACUGCUUUGGGACUUUGACCAGCCGGCGGAAAGUGUUGAUAAUUACACAUUGUUCUGGUGCAUAGACAAUCAGACGCACGUGUGCCUGGACCAGGUGCACUUCGUGACUGUGAACUCGUCCGUGAGGUCCUACUCCCUGCGGCUGCCCAGCGAGCGCCGCUACCAGUUCGCGCUAUCCUCCAACCGCGGCCCCCACUCCAGCGGCAUGGUGUGGACCACGUGCGACCUCUCCAAACAUGACCUACGCAUUAUUCCUAACGUCACAGUCCUCAAUUUCGGACGAACUCAAUAUACCGUUGAAUUUACGUGGAAACUUCAAUGUUUAUUAAAAGACAUUGUUCAAUACAAAGUAACAUUCUGCGAAGUUAAUGAUAAAACUGAUUCGUGUGAAGACCAUUCAGUACUCAUAUCGACCAGGGAUCCGCAAGAUAGACUCAUAAAUAUCGAUUUGUCUUACAAUAUUAAAAAUAGGUUUUCCAUUACGCUUCUUACCGAGACCGGACCAAUAGAAACAAUUAGAGAUAAUGUGAAGGAUGUCCUUUAUCCUAGCUACAACCACGACUCGGUCAUUACUGGUAUCAUUAUAUUUAUUAUCAGCUUCGUUUUAAUGUGCUGGCUUAUUGUUAACUGUUACAAACGGCACAAAGUUACGAACGAUAUCAAAGUCAUACUUCCCGCGGAUCUCCAACUGAACCAACAUUACAUUAUUAGAAAUGAUAAACCAUCGUGGCUUCCUAUCCAUGCACUAGAGCCAUUUGAUUGGCUUAUUUUUAAAGAUCACGCAACCAACAUAAGAGCUUCACACGUACAUCCCGAUGUAGCAGAUAUUAAAUCGGAUACUGUUAAAUCUUCCGAUGAUUCAGUACAAUCCCUAAGUGAUGAUGAGGUGGUUGACAGUAGCUACUUAAUUGAUGCUUCUCAGCCAACAGUGGAGUGUGCUAAGUCACCUGACAGAGAAGAGGACGUGUCCACUCCGUAUGUGAAAAGUUCCUCUGAUUCGAACCCAGCCUACGUAGUCGCUAGGCCUUGUGUCUCCUCUAGUAUUGGUUAUGUACCGCAUCUAGCCUACAACCAGUGCAAAACAAACACUAAUGUAGGUAAAACCUUCUGUGAUGGUAUACAAGAAAAGGUUUCUUAUGAUAUUUUUCCAGACGCGAUUAAAGGCAUCGGAGACGAAAGUGCCUCGCCCCUCUUACCGGGUAAAACUGAGGCUGAUGAUGAUAGAGAUGCGUAUGUUAAGGCUAGUCCAGCUGUGAGGCCUAGCAACGGAUAUGUGCAAUUUAAAACUGAGCUUAAGUUUUAGUAAAAUUAAAAAUCUUUCAUACCGCCAACGGUACCUGGAACCUCAUAUUAUGAAACAUUAAAUGUUAAUUUAUUGUAGGUGCGGUGCGCGUGUCAUGGUGUCACCAACAGCAUUUAACAUUUAACCCCAAAUUAAACUAACUAUUUAACUAUAUUAUACAAAUAUUUGUUGUCU